AUGCGCCAGAUCAGCGUCGAUGUCUCAGAAUUCUUCACGGGGGUGGUAAAGGACACAGUGUCGUAUCGCGAGAAGAACCAUGUGGUUAGGAAGGAUUUCAUGCAAUUGCUUAUGGAGAUCAGGGAUAAAAACGAAGGGAAGGAAAAUGGCCACCAUGGCGACGGAAAUACCCUGACAAUGGACGAGAUGGUGGCACAAAGUUUCGUAUUCUUCAUAGCAGGCUUUGAAACCAGCUCCACCACCAUGACCUUCGCCUUAUUCGAAUUGGCCGUUCAUCAAGACAUCCAGGAGAAACUCAGGGAUGAAAUCAAUGAAGUUUUGGCUAAGCACGAGGGCAAGCUCACCUAUGACUCACUCAGUGACAUGAAAUAUUUGGAACAGGUUAUAAAUGAGGCAUUGAGGAUUCAUUCACCAGCACGGUUUCUACAAAAACUGUGUGUCAGUGACUACAAAGUAGAUGGAGAAGAUUUGGUCAUAGAAAAGGGCACUACCUUGUACAUCCCUGUACUAGGCCUUCAUUACGACGAAGAAUAUUGGGAGAAUCCAAAAGAGUUCGAUCCAGAGCGGUUCAGCGAGGAGAAGAAAAAGAAUAUGAACCAGUUCACUCACUUGCCUUUUGGUCAAGGGCCUAGGAUGUGCAUUGUGUUACGAGUAGGGUGUGAUCUGGAGAGAGAAAACAUCCCCUAUAGUUAUCAGGUGUGGGGUAAAAGACCGGAUAAAAGACUAAUUAAAGACAGUGUAAAAAACCAGUUGGAAACCAGUGACAGACACUGA